AAAGUAUUUUUUGUUCGAACAACUAGUGCGCGUGUAUGUUCGCGAACUUGAAGUGACAAUUAAAAUGUUAUACAAAUUAUUAAUUUUCAGUUUAAUUUUAAAAUUAAAUAAUGCUGACGAUGUUGGCGACCCGUGUACAGUCAAUGAUCAACAAGGAAGCUGUAUGUUAAUAACUAAUUGUGUCGCUGCCUUAAGAGACAUCCGAGUAUCUCAACGUCAUCACCUGCCGAGAUGCGGCUUCAAGAAUGAUGCAGAAAUCGUUUGUUGUCCUUUUGAACCAGCUAAAAACAAUAUCCCGAAAACAUUUUCUUCAAGAAUUGGUGUUAAAAAAUUAAGACCCGCUGAACAAGCUUGUAAAAAAAUAGCUAAAACCUACAACCCACCUUCUGGAAUGUACAUUAUCGGCGGCGUAACUGCAGAGGCAGGAGAAUUUCCGAAUAUGGUGGCGUUAGGGUACCUUAUUUCGGGGGAGUAUUCCUUCUUUUGCGGUGGUUCUUUGAUAACAACUCAAUAUGUAUUGACGGCAGUUCAUUGCGUUCACACUAUAGAGCGGGUAGAACCAACUAUGGUGCGAGUUGGAAUUCUGAAUAUAACUGGCUCCAAGUGGAACGAUGACACGGAUUAUGAAGUAGACAUAGUUCAUGUACAUCCAGAAUACAAGAGAUCCAGAAAGUAUCAUGACUUGGCAUUACUCAGAUUGGUGACUCCGAUCCGUACUUCGCGCAACGCAUUCCCAGCCUGCCUGUACACAUCCGAGACAGAACCCACCAUUUCACUAUACAUUACCGGCUGGGGAAAAACGGAUGUAACAAAGGCAGGCACGAGCAAGGUUUUACUAAAAGCUAUGCUACAAAUAGUGCCUCGUGAAAGUUGCAAUGCUAUGUACACAACGUCACGGAAAUUGCCUAAUGGCAUCUUGGACGGUCAGAUAUGUGCUGGAGACCCGAAUGGCGUCAUGGACACUUGUCAGGGUGAUUCUGGCGGCCCUCUACAAGGAUUCACAAGUAAGGAUGGCCAUUUGCGUAUCGUUGGUGUAACUUCAUUUGGCAGCGGAUGUGGCUCCGUUGUGCCCGGCGUAUAUACCAGAAUCUACAAGUACCUAGACUGGAUUGAGAGCCUCGUUUGGCCAUCGGACUUAGCAGAAUAAACAGUACUGCUAUACUACGCUGUAAUAAAAAAUAUCUAAGCA